AUGUCUCAGAUAGUAAAUGAAGGAAUCCAUGAGAAAGACAAAUCACCUUCUGAUGAUAGCAAAUUCUUAGGUGUUAAAUAUAACACAGAAACAGAUGAUUUUAACGUGAAAGUAAAUCUUCCACCGAAAACAUCACUUACUAAGCGAGAUGUGGUUAGUAUAAUAAAUUCUGUCUACGAUCCUAUAAGUGUAACUGCGCCAUUGUUCAUCAAGUUGAAAUCGCUAAUGCGAGAAAUCUAUGACACUGGAAUUAAGAGGAAUGACUAUGUUAAUCCAGUAAUGACCAAUAGAUGGAACUCUAUCUGCAAAGGAUCAAUGGUGCGAAUAUCAGCAUUCCCAGGACAAUUCUCACGAAUGUGCGAAAUCUUCACACUUUAA